AUUGUUCUAUUAAUGGCUGCUAGUUUCUUGUCAAAAUUAUCCAGUUUGAAAUUGAGUAUUCUAUUAAAUUCAUGUAAAUUCAAUGGAACAGAGAGGCAGCGGAUGCCAAUGCCAAUUGCUGAUGGCUCUGCUCUCACACUUAACGCUCGCUGUUGUCGCUGAGCUAGAGACACAUGCCAAAGUCGUGGGUGGCCAUCCCAUAAGCAUCGAGGUUGUGCCCUAUCAAGUCUCGGUGCGUCUGCGCGCCUUUGAUGAAAUAGAAUUUGGAGCUGGCCACAUGUGCAGCGGCACUGUGAUCUCUCAGCGUGUGGUUUGCUCUGCAGCUCACUGUUUUGCCGACAAUGCGACUUAUCCGCCAGUGUACAAUGAUCCCGAGGAUUACAUUGUUGUCGGCGGCAGUUCACAUUUAAAUAGUUUUGGGCGCUUUGGUCAGGUUUAUUUGGUGCAAGAGAUUAUCGGCCAUGAGGCUUAUCACCCCUUCACGCUGGAGAACGAUAUUGCACUUGUGUUCCUCAACAGCUACAUUCCUUGGCAGCAUUACACCACACGCGCGUUGCCCUUGGCCACGCAGCAAGUGCAGCCGGGCACUUUGUGCCUCAUCAGCGGUUGGGGCAAUGUAUUUCGUGCAUUGCAUCAGGGAGUUGUGCCCAUUCAGGACCAGCGAUUGUGCUCUUUCAUCUACAAUCAUCUGCCCAUCUCACAGAUAUGCGCUGGCUAUCUGAGAGGCGGCAUCGAUGCCUGCAAAGGCGACUCAGGUGGCCCUUUGGUCUGUAGAGGUCAACUCACGGGCAUCGUCUCGUGGGGCGUCGAUUGUGGCAGAGAUUUCUUUCCUGGCGUCUAUACGAAUGUUUCGCAUUUUCUUAAGUGGAUCGAAAGAGCGAAUUCAUCACUCGACUAUAGCAAGUUCUUGAAAAUGCGUCCCUUCAAUGGAGUUAGUCAACGAUGCUUUGACUUUUAUGUGGUUUUCAGUUGUUUAAUCUUGGCAAUAUCAAGUGUAUAAAUUUGUUGUGCUUAGUGAAAAUAUAGAAAA